CUUCAUUUCAAAUAAUAUCCAAUUGACACUAUAUGGCUCAUUAAUAAAUAUAUAUUUCUUGAAAAGAUUACAUCAUCAUGACAACGUCAAAUGGAUCAAGUAAAUAUGAUUUUUCACCAAUUUUUGUUCCACGACCUCCACCACCGGAUUUAUUAUUUCCACAUUUAUGGGGAGUAGAAAACAAUUACAAUAAUCAUUCAUUGUCUUUUCUGUCUUCAUCGGUUUCCUCUUCAUCGUUGCCGUCGUCAUCAUCAUCACCAUCAAUGUCUCUAUCAUCAUCGAUAUCUACAAUGUCCACUUCAGUUUCCGCAACUAAUUGUUCCACAUCUUAUACAUCUUCAAAUCAAAAGAGACUUUCCGCAUUUAAUCCAUUGCCAAUUAAUUUAAGUACAAAUAUGAAUAUAUUCAAGAAAAGAGAAUUUCCUUUCAAUCAUCAAGAGUUUACUUCGAAUCCAUUGAAUUCUCAGUGUAGUUCUUUAUGGUUGGAUUGCUGUCAUCAUCAUUAUGAAUUGAAUAGACCAACAAAAAUGUUUUUAACGGAUUCUAACUACAAGGAAUUAACAUUGAUGAAUGAUGAGGAAAUGAAUCAUUCAAUGUUUAAUCAUCAGUCCCCUAAUGAUGUUGAACAGAUUGAUUCAAAACGGAAGUUGACAAAGUAUUUUAAUGAAGAAAAUAACUUUAAUACUACUACUUCUAGUAGUAAUAGUAGUAGUACUACCACUAGUACUACUUCCAUUUCACCAACAUCACCAAUCGAUACUCCUAACAUGUUUAUGAAUUUAAAUGAUAAUUUCAAUAUUAAAACAUAUAAAUCUACAAAAAUCAUUUCACCAAUCAAUAAAUAUGAUACCCCUUUAAAAUAUAAUAAAUCAAUAAAAAAACGGAACAAAUAUUCGAUGAUCGAUAAUGGUAAUAAUAAAUCCAUAAAAAUGAGUCUUGACAACAAUCUAAACCAAAUAGAUACAGGUACAAAUGUGAACUGUCAUCAUAAUCCCGAUCUGAUUGAGAAUAAUCAUAAUGAUAAACAAAAACUAAUUGAGGAAUAUUCCAAUCUAGAUGAUGAUAAUGAUGAUGAUGAUUAUGAAAUAGAAGAUGAUCAAGAAGAUAUUGAAGAACGACGACGGCAACAACAACAACAACAGCAACAAUUCAACGAAUCUGAUAUGGGAAUUCAUUUAAAACCAAAUCAAUUCAUCGAAUGUGUUGUAUGCGGUGAUAAAAGUAGUGGUAAACAUUAUGGUCAAUAUACAUGUGAAGGAUGUAAAAGUUUUUUUAAACGUUCUGUAAGACGUAAAUUAAAUUAUACAUGUCGUAGUAAUAAACAAUGCCCAAUUGAUAUUAAUCAUCGUAAUCAAUGUCAAUAUUGUCGUUUUCAAAAAUGUAUUAAAGUUGGAAUGCGUAAAGAAGCUGUUCAACAAGGUCGUCUACCUCCAUUUCCAUUAUUCUAUCAUUCAUAUAUUGGUUUAUCAAAUUUUCUUAAUUCCAAUUCAUUUCCAUCCAUUCAUCAUCCUCAUCAUCCUCAUAAUAUGAUGAUAGAUCCAAAUGUUACUCAAUUAAUUAUUAUGCUAUUAUUAGCUGAGAAUCAUUCAUAUCAAUAUUUAAAUAAUGAACAAUUUAUAAAUCAUCUUAAUUUGAUUCUAUAUAAAUCUAGAAUAAUCAAAGAUUUACACAAAGGUAAUAAUUAUUCGAAUGAAACUAUCAAAUCUUCUGAAAUGAUUCAUUUGACUACUUAUAAUGAUAUAAGUAGUACUGAUAAUAAUCAUAAUCAUAUAAGUAAUCAUUUAACAUUGAAUUCAUCAAUAAACUCAUUUAUGAAUGAAAAAUCAUCUAUCAUUACUUCAACAUCUUCAACUGUUAGAAGAUCUUUAUCAAGUGAGCAAGAACGACAACAACAACGACAACAACAGUCAUUCAUUCCUAAUAUGAAACAUAAUCACCAAUUGACAAUAUUAAAUGAAAUCACUAAUUCUACACUUAAUUAUUUAUUGGUUAUAAUUGAAUGGGCAAAGAAUAUUAGUUUAUUUACAGAUUUACAUCCAAGUGAUCAAUUGAUUUUAUUGAAUAAUUCUUGGCCAGAAUUAUUUAUGCUUUAUUUAGCUCAGAUUUAUAAUAUUUCAUUGAUUACAUCAUCAUCAUCCGAUUACAAUAAUAAUAAUAAUAAUAAUAAUAAUAAUAAUAAUAAUCAGGUCGUUACAUCGAAUUGGUCAGAUCAAUCUAAUUUAUUAUUACUGGAUCAGCAAUAUUCAAUAGAAUUUCAAGAUCAAUUAGAAAGAAUACAACAAUUAAAUUUAGAUCAAUCUGAAUAUGUUUGUUUAAAAGCAUUGAUAUUAUUUAAUUCUGAAGCUCCUGGCCUAAAAGAUCCAACUCUUGUAGAUUCUAUUCAAGAAAGAAUACAAUGUGCAUUAGAAGAAUAUGAUAAAUAUAAUUAUUCUCAUUAUCAACCAUUUCGAUUUGGUCGAUUACUUCUACGAUUGCCUAAAUUAAAACAAACUGUUUCUUCACCUACAUCAUUAAAAUGGUUACAACAAAGUUUUUUUCCAUCACUUCAUUAUCAUAGUCAUAAAAGUCUUGAAUUAUUGAUUGAAGAAUUAUUUGAAAAAGAACUUUAUUCAAAGAAAUCUAGUUUAUCAUUCAGACAUAAUCAUAAUAUGUCAUAUACUUCGAAUACUGGAAAAUAUUCUCCCACUUCACAUUCUUUAUUACCACCACCACCACCAUCAUCAUCAUCAUCAUUUUCUUUACCAUCAUCAUUUCCAGCAUCGUCUUUGUCUUCAGAAAAAUUAGAGCACAAUUCUAUCCCAUUGUUCACUUCUCAUAUAGAUUACCUAAAUUCAAUGCCUAAACACUUGUCUUCUACACAUACCAACAAUCCUAUAUAUCAUCAUGAAAGUAGAAAUAACAAUGAUUUUGCUCAAUUAAUUCAUAAUUCUCCACAAAGAAGUUCAACAUUGUUCUCAAAUUCAAUCAAUUCUAUACAUAAGAAUGAUCUUUAUGAAAAUCAUUAUACUGACAAUAUUAUAGAGACAAUUAAGAAUGGUAACCAAGUAUUAAAACAUAAUGUAGAUGGAAUCUUACCAAAACAUUAUAGUAACCAAAAUAACAAUGUUAUAUCUAAGAAUAUAAACAUGGAAACAACAGAAUCUUCACCACCACCACCACCACCACCACCACCACCACCACCACCACCACCACCACCCUCAUCCUCAUCAUCAUCCUUGUUGAAUUCUUCCAAAUUGAGUAUUCAUUUUACUAAACUUAUAGAAAGAUUAAGCAAAACCAUAAGUCUAUUACCUUCAAUAGAUAUUAAAUCUAAAAAUGACUUCAAUCAUAUACAGAAUAAUAUCAAAGAUUAUACAGAAUUAUUUACUAAUGAUUUAUUAAAUUUAUUAAUAAUUAAUGAAAAAAAUGCAAAUUUACAAAUUUAUUAUUCAUUAUUACGUAAACAUUUAAAUACAAUACAUAAUUGUACAACAUAG